GCAAGUGAACAGUUUAAAUUAAUUUUGGGGAGCCUUUCUUUUUGUGGGAAAAACGACUACGAAAAAUUCAAAAAACAAAAACGUACUGAUUCUGCACAGUGAACUCUUUUCUUCUCUCUUCUAUUGGAAGACGUGGACAAGAUGGAUCCUCCAGUAAGCUCGAGGCAUUCUGAUUUCUCUCAGUCUUUUAAGCUUGCUAUUCGCUCCCUUCUCACUUCAUGCCCUAAAGAGGAGUUUGUCAAAGCAUUUUCAAACUUCAGCAGCAAAGAGCAGGAAAAUCUCCACUACCUAUUUAUUCAGGUUAUUACUUCUCUGCAUAAAAUGAUAGAGGAUGAGUUUGAGUCAUUGUGCCAUGAAACACAGGUGAGGACAACUCUUGAUACUGUGGACCAACUUGUGGAAGAGCAAAGUUUGAACCCAUUGUUUUCAAAAAAGACCAACAUAAUGGAUGUGGCACGCGAGCUGUCAAUUGCGAAGGAAAAUGAGAUCCGCUUCUUGACGGACACAUUGGAAAAGGCUGAAAAGCAGAAUCGACUCCUGCGAGAUCGUAUUGAACUACUAAAGAAAGGGAGACAAAAUGUCUCUGGUGCAAUAGAUGUUGAGAAGUUGAGAAGUGGGGUUUUAAAUUGCUGGAAAUCCAGUAAUGGGAUUUUAGAUACACCACCAGUGGAGUAACAUAUUUCCAGUUUUUUGAUAAAAAAAUUGGAAGCAAAAUUAUGUGUACAACGCUGUGAACAAAUUUUUAUUUCAGAGAAGCUAGCCUAGAAGUGCAUUAGGGACCUAUUAAGAGCUAUGAUUUAGGCAUAUCUAAUGCCUGCUGUUAAACUCUUGACAAAUACUCUUACAUUAAAAUUAGAGAAAUUUAUCACUAUCUGCUUCUUUUUUUUAUGGCUGUAAUUGAAUUUUGAUGUAUGGUAUCAUCUGCUGAUUCCUUGAGUUGCUGAAA